AUGGCUACAGCAGUUCAGAACUUAUGUCUGUAUCUUUACAAAACCACAUCUAAAAGCAGGAGGUGCUGGUGCUUGGGGCCCGGGGAGAGCCGUCGCCAUGGCAGCGCCGGCCACGCGGUGAGGGGGCCACCCUCCCGGCUGGUCGCUCCCGCAGCCUCGCUGCCUGCUGGUGGGAACCGUGAGAUUCCGCCCCUGACUGGGUGCCUGCCGAGUGCCUCACCAGCCAGACGAGCACCCUGUAAAGACUGCCAGGUAAUAACGAAGGUUCUUUUACUGAAAGACCCUGAGGAGGACGACUGUGGCCAGGAUCCCUACAUCAGGGAAUUAGGAUUAUAUGGACUCGAAGCCACUUUGAUCCCUGUUUUAUCAUUUGAGUUUUUGUCUCUUCCCAGUUUUUCGGAGAAGCUGUCUCACCCUGAAGGUUACGGGGGCCUCAUUUUUACCAGUCCCAGAGCAGUGGAAGCAGUGGAGCUGUGUUUGGAGAAAGACAAUAAAACCAAAGUCUGGAGAAAGUCUCUGAAAGAAAAAUGGAAUGCUAAGUCAGUGUAUGUGGUGGGAAAUGCUACUGCUUCUCUAGUGAAUAAAAUUGGCCUGCAUACAGAAGGAGAAAACUGUGGAAAUGCAGAAAAGCUUGCAGAGUGCAUUUGUUCUAGGGAGUCAUCAGCACUGCCUCUUCUGUUUCCCUGUGGAACCCUCAAAAGAGAAAUCCUGCUGAAAAUGCUCAAGGACAGAGGGAUUCCCGUGGAGAGCUUAACCGUCUACCAGACGAUCCCACACCCAGGAAUCCAGGGGAACCUCAACAGCUACUAUUCCCAGCAGGGCAUUCCAGCCAGCAUCACGUUUUUCAUUCCCUCUGGCCUGACACACAGUCUCAAGCAUAUUCGGUUAUCUGGUGACAACAUUGACCAGAUUAAGGUGCAGCUCACAGCACCCCUGGGGGGUCAGGACUGUCUCAGUUGUAUAGACACUGCCGGCCCCUCCCUCCACCCUGACUGGCACGCUCACUCCGGUCGGUGCCCAGGGACGGAGCACGGGCAUCAGCACUGGGCUGUCCGGGGCACUGCUCCGGGACACUGUCUGCAGCCUGGGUCCAGCCCUGCAGGCAGGCUCCGUUGGCCCGGCCAGGCCCGUGGUGGUGAGUCCGAGAGCGGAGCUCUCCAGACGCCCUCUCUCCUGUGACCAGACGAUUUCAGAGGGAAUAAAAGGCUCACAGGGAAAAGUCAUCUUGUGACCAAACUGCUUCUCCUGAAAUUAUGUCUGCUGUUUGCUGGUUCCCAAUCUCAGGGAG